UAUUUUCCGUGAAACAAGAGUUUCUUUUGCUCAAAAUUUGUCUGGGCCCAAACAAGACGGUCCGAAGGCUUCGAUGCAAGUCCAGCCCAUCAGACUGGCCGGGUUCGAUCGAAGAAGACUGGCAGGGACGUACUCACUCCCGACUCGUUCAGCAAAGCGAGCAAUCAAAGAAAACGACGAGGGUUGAAGUAGCGAGUCCAGCGAUCCAUAAAGGAGCUGCAGUCCUCGUUGAGUCAAUCCUCAAGGAAGCUGAUACAGAGAAGACUAAAUUCGAGUCUGCAGUGGAAGCACAAAAAAUGGCGGGCAGGGCUUUUGCCGCCUCUUCAAUGGCUGUGGUUGCUCUCUGUAGGGAGUCCCACAGAUUCAAGAAUCUCCUCCCCAUUUUUCCCCACCAUGUCCCUUUUCGCCAUUUUCACUCUCCCAGUAGCUUGGGUGAUGUUCUAUUCAAGGUUUUCAGACAGAAACUCGAUAUUCGGCCUCUCCGUGAUGCAAAAAGGCUGUCCUUGGCUGGGUGUCUACAUGCUCACUGGCGUCCAUUAUCAAAUGUGGUGGACAAAGUCGUAGAGCUGCCAGACCACUCUGAAAGCAGUGGCACAGCAGAUGGACCCGGUGAAACUAAAUUGAGGAGGAAAAAGCUGAAGGGGAAAAGAGCUGUCGUCAGGUGGCUUAAAUGUUUUAGAUGGAAGAAGAAGAAAGAGUAUGAAAGGAUGACAGCAGAUGAGAAGAUCUUAUUCAAGCUUAGAAAGGCUCGAAAGAAAGAGGAGAGGCUUGUCGAAGCUUUGAAAAAGAUUGAACCUGCGGAAUCAUCCGAACCAACCCAUGAUCCUGAGAUAUUGACUCCAGAAGAGCACUUCUUCUUUCUAAAGAUGGGCCUUAAAUGCAAGAAUUAUGUGCCAGUUGGGCGAAGGGGAAUAUACCAAGGUGUAAUACUUAACAUGCACUUGCAUUGGAAGAAGCACCAGACGUUGCAAGUGGUGGUGAAAACCUUCUCACCAGAGGAGGUUAAGGAGAUUGCUGCUGAACUUGCUAGAUUGACCGGAGGGAUAGUUCUUGACAUUCAUGAGGAAAACACUAUCAUUAUGUAUCGAGGGAAGAAUUAUUCUCAGCCGCCAACAGAAAUAAUGUCGCCUAGGAUCACUUUGUCGAGGACGAAGGCACUUGAUAAGUCCAAAUACAGGGACGGUUUAAGAGCAGUUAGAAAGUAUAUUCCAAGACUUGAACAGGAUCUUGAGUUGCUUCAAGCACAGGCUCAAAAUGAAGUUGAGGUUAAAAAAGAGGCUGCCUGCGAAGUCCAGACCACAGAUAUUAGAGGCAUAUCUUCCACAGGCAAAUCAAAACUGCAGCUGGCUAAUUCUGAGAAGCUGAGAGAAAUAUUGGGUGGAAAUGAUGAAUCAAUUGGUGAUGACUCUAACAUGGAUUUGGGCAUAGAAUCAGAUUCUGAAGAUUUAUCUGAUAUUUUCGAGACGGAAACUGAGGCUGAUUCUGAGGACAAGGGGGAAGAAGACCUGUUUCUGGACAUUUUCGAUAAAUUUCCUGUGGAAACUGCCAGGGAGCCGGAGGAUUUUGAGGAUCACUUGCGUCAAAUAUCCGUGGACACAAGACGUGCAAAACCAUUAGGAAAAGAUGCUGACUCUCCAGACCUUGAUGAGGUCGACAGGUUGUUUCUGCGUGCAGCUUCGAUGUUAAAGAAAAGGAGAAGAUAAUUUCAUCAAAUUA